AGUCAACAAAAUGAGUGCAGCGGGGAAGUACUUUCCCUUUUGUACAUAGCGCAUAGUCAAGGCAGACGCAUGGACACAGGUAAGCUGCUAUGACUGCAAUAACCAACAUGUGUUUCAGAGGUUUUACCAUUCCAACUAACAAAUUAAACAAAUAUUAAUUUACUGCUGACAGAAGUUACACAGUCUGAAUAUCAGAAAUAAUAAUACAUUUAAAUAUAUGGUGUAUUAUUAUGUAUCACACGGUCUAAAUAUUGUUUUCUACUAAUACUAAAUAUAUUAGCAAACGCCAACCUUUUAUAUGUAGAAGUAAGAAUAAAUAUUUAUAUGCAUUUACAUGAAUGUAUUUCUUUUAAGUAGGCUAUACUUCAGAGUUAAUUUAUAAAUAUUACUUCUUAGUUUUUUAUUAGUUAGUGUUUUAAUAUAUACACAGUGUUUCAGCUUUUGAAAUAUGCUGUAACAACAGAAAAGCGAAAUGUAUACGAUGUAAACAGUACUUCGGUACUGAGAGACUAUGGAUUUCCCCCAUUACUUACAUUCGAAAACCGAAAUGAAUCCUUAUAAAGGGAGCGCUGCAGCUCUGCGAUUCACAUCACAGUGAGCUCGGCUCUGUACGAAGGCAACUUUUGCAAAGGAUUUACCUUUACAUCGAUUUACCAAGAUGUUCAGCAGGAUUCUGUUUCUCUGCCUGUUUGUCGCUCUGAGCGGCACGUGCUCGUCUCUAACGUGCAAAUGGUUGCAUCACAAUUUCAGGCGGUACAGUGAGAGAUCUAUGGAGCUCCUUGAUUCUAUGGGUGGUCCCUACAUUGAAACCACUGACAGGAGGGACAACGAGACUGUGCCUUUUCCGUAUCCACUGUACAAACAGGCGUCCAGUGCAUCGGCUGGGGAUAAACUUGACUUCAUAGUUCAGGUCUUUGAGGAGGUGGGUGCCCUGUUUAAGGAGGACCACAAAUCUGUGUCCUGGGACAAGGGCCACGUGGAGAAAUUUCGCAUGGUUAUAAACGGACAGGCUGAAGGCUUCAGCAAAUGCAUCCACAACCAGAGGACGCCGAACAAGGGGCUUAGCGAUUAUUUUAAGGCUCUGUCACAUAACAUCCUGAAAAGAAACGGCCACAGAGCUGAAGCCUGGGAACUGAUCAGGAAUCAAAUCAAACACCAUCUGUGGAGGACAGACAUUGUGAUUUCAUCUCUGUUCAGUGCUAAGAGUUAAAUUGAAGUUCAUUUGUAUGUUUAUUUUUUUUUUCAUACAAGUAAAAUCUUUCUGGGAGCAAUGAUAUAACUAAUUUAAUUACAUGCAGUUUGUGAUAUUUAUUGAACUGAUAUAUUUAUUUAUUGUAAGUUUUUUAUUUAUUGUAUUUAUUAUAUGACCAUUAUAUAUAAGAACAAUCUACAGAGUAUUUAUUUUAUUAUACUGUUUUAUGCAAAAAAAUGUUUUACCUAAUAAAUUAUUUAUGGCAAAGUGAAAC